UCUCGCGUUGUAAGAUUCAUCUGCUCGUGAUUAUGUAAUAUAAGUAAUUAAAUGCUUGAUUCAUUUGUUUUUAUGUAAUAAUUGAUGUUAUUGAAGAAUUUAAAUAAAAGUUUAAAAUAAUAAUAAUAAUAAAUUCGGGGCUAUUUGUCUUCAUGGGAAAGGUUCAGCUUAUCCCUGCCAUGAAUCUCAUAUCGGAGAUAUGCAGAAGCCUUUGAGAGAGCUGAGCAGAUUAUGCUUGGGUACGAACAAUCAGAGUAAUGCAGUAGUAGUUACAGCAGAUAUAGUUUCUUCUGAACCUCCGAGUGGCUUACCAUUACUUCAAAUAUGGCCCAGCGAAUCUCCAAGAGGCGAGGCCGAUGGUCAAGCUUUUAUUUUUCCAGAUGCCCAAGACAGUAUCAACGACAGUGGUAUCGAAUCUAUUCAGGCUUCCCCAUCUCCAUGUGGCGUGGCAUGCAACAGCGUGACAGCAAGUCCUUUACAAUCACGUCGACCAAGCCUUCUACAUCCAGAUCAUGCACGUCUUCAUCUACAUCAUUUGCGACACAAUCAUCAUGGAUUAGAUCGAACGCCACUAUCCCCAGAUCGGACUUCUAUAGACGAGGAACAACCUCCGGCACCUCCAAGUCCGUCCAGUUCAACCACCAGCAGCCUUAAGUCUAUGCCCAGUUCGACAAUGGCUUCCAUACAUUCUUCACAUGAUAGAAGACGUAGUAGUAGAUACAGUGUUUUUGAUGCUUUGGACUUGGAGUAUGCACUUUUGCGAGCUGCAGCAAGAGGUUCAGUUGGUCCAUAUUCAUUCUCAGAAUCUCUUCACAAAUUGACCUUCACCCAGAGUCUAGCUUUUCCAGCGCUGGCGCGAGGGCUAGCAUUGAAACAAAAUGUACCAACGAGACAACCCCAGCAGCAUUCUGAAAGUGGUUUAAAUGUUUUUGCUAAAGUCGUUACUGCUUUAGUGUUAAUGCUUGUGAGCGUUCUUGUGUUCGGGAUAGUUUAUAAAUUUGUAAGAACGUGAGGAUGGUUGCUGGUACCCGGUAGAAAUUUCAACUCUUCUGAAGAGCUUCGUAGCCUUAGUGAUAUCGAUAGAACGGGUGCCAGCGAUCAUUUUGUUAUAAAUACUUGAAAAAUGUAAAAAAAUAAUCAAGGUCUUACUUAAUUAUUUGAAGGAUAUUAUUAUUAUCUUUUUUAUUUUUAAUUCAAAGUGAAAUCAUCGAUUUCGAAUGAUUAUAUAAAAAAUAUAUAUAUUUAUAUAUAUAUAUAUAUACACUUAAAUAUAUGCUCUUUAAAUAUGCUUGCGUAUGAAUGUAUGUUAUUCGAAUAAAAUUCGUUAACAUAUUUAUUUUGGAGAACUUGGAUAGAAAUAAAUUCAGUAAAUUUUAAAUUAUUUUCAACUCUAUUAGAAUUGAUGAAAUGCUGCGUUACUAAAACGUCGAGGAAACGAGGUUGUAAAAGUUGCACUUACGUACACUUGAGAGAAUAUUCCUGUUCGUACUGAGAAAUAAAGAGAAUGAAUUUCCGAUAAAAUGCAUUUUAAAAUGGGGUGGAGGUUAAGUUUCCUUUUUGUAAAAUUAAAAAGUAAAAAAUGUAUCUAUACAUAAUUUAAAAAAAAAAACGUAAAAAUGACCAAUUGUAAUAGGUAACUAUGAAUACUCAUUUAUUUAACUCUAAACUUUUGAAUAAUUAAAUCUUAAAGCUCCAAAACUAUUUAUUGAUUUUGUAUAAAAAAAAAGUAUCUCCUCCAUUAUUUUUAUAACUUUUAAUUGAUUUCAUAUUGAA